AUGGAGUUGUUUUACUAUAUGGUGUUUGGGGGAUUGGCGGCAGUAGUGGCUAUAGUGGAGCUGAGUAAAUCGAACAAGGAUCGGACUAAUACUUCAUCGGCUUUCGAGUCAUUUAAGAACAAUUACCUGCUUGUUUAUUCUCUAAUGAUGGCUGGUGACUGGUUGCAGGGUCCAUAUGUUUACUACCUAUAUAGUACUUAUGGCUAUGGAAAGGGAGAAAUUGGACAGCUCUUUAUUGCAGGAUUUGGUUCUUCCAUGUUAUUUGGAACCAUAGUUGGAUCUCUAGCUGACAAACAGGGACGGAAGAGGGCAUGUGUAACUUACUGCAUUACAUAUAUACUGAGCUGCUUUACCAAGCAUUCUCCUCAGUACAAAGUCCUGAUGGUAGGACGUAUUUUGGGUGGUAUUGCUACAUCUCUCCUGUUUUCAGCAUUUGAGUCUUGGCUAGUGGCAGAGCACUUCAAGCGAGGUUUUGAUCAGCAAUGGCUCUCAUUAACUUUCUCAAAGGCAGUAUUCCUCGGGAAUGGUCUUAUUGCUAUUCUCUCUGGGUUGUUCGGAAAUAUGCUAGUUGAUACCUUAAGCCUUGGGCCAGUAUCACCUUUCGAUGCUGCUGCCGUCAUUCUAGCAAUUGGCAUGGCUAUUAUAUUGUCAUCAUGGACUGAGAACUACGGUGACCCUUCAGAUAACAAGGACUUACUGAUGCAGUUCAAGGGUGCAGCUAUCGCAAUCGCUUCAGAUGAGAAGAUUGCACUGUUGGGUGCAAUACAGUCCCUAUUUGAAGGUUCAAUGUAUACAUUUGUAUUUCUCUGGACACCUGCUCUGAGUCCAAAUGAUGAAGAGAUUCCCCAUGGUUUUAUUUUUGCAACUUUCAUGUUGGCUUCAAUGUUGGGAAGCUCAAUAGCUUCUCGCUUACUAGCCCGCAACUCGCCUACAGUGGAGAGCUACAUGCAGAUUGUAUUCGCUAUAUCUUCUGCCUCUCUUCUGCUUCCCUUGUUGACAAAUUUCUUGGUAUCUCCUUCAAAGGUGAAAGGUGAUGGCCUCUCAUUUUCAGGUUGUCUUCAACUUCUCGGCUUUUGUGUUUUUGAGGCUUGUGUGGGGAUUUUCUGGCCAUCAAUUAUGAAGAUGAGAUCCCAAUACAUCCCUGAGGAGGCUCGAAGCACAAUCAUGAAUUUCUUCCGCAUCCCCUUAAACAUCUUUGUUUGCAUUGUGCUAUAUAAUGUUAAUGCGUUCCCCAUCACUGUCAUGUUCGGUAUGUGCUCGAUCUUCCUCUUUGUUGCAUCCAUUCUGCAGAGCCGGCUCCUAGCCAUUGCAGAUAAACCAAAGACAGAAGAUUGGACUAUGCUGAAGGAAAAGAAUUUGGAGCAUGAGCCUUUAAACGCUCCUUGA